AUGACGUCGUCGCGUUUGAAAAAGCGCGUGAUUCGCGAACGCGCUUGCGCGUCGUCACUCCGCAUCGCCCGAGACGUCGUUCGCGGCGACGUCGAAGUGACGGACGAAGAAAAAAUUCACGCGUCGUUUCGGACGAUCGAGAGCGCGUUCGCGCGCCGGGGGGGGACGGGGUGGGUGUUUGAGCGCAUGUCGGUGAUUCGUGGCGGCGGUGGUGCGCGCGCGGUUUCAUCGCGCGCGUCGGUGGUUCGAUCGAGAGGGCGAAACGGGGAGUCGCGCGAUGGUGCGCUCGGUCGAUGCCGCGCAAAGACGGGAGAGAGAGAUGGGACGGCGCCGCAUUACAGCGUGAUGAUGGAUGAAAUUCUGAGUGCGUUUAGAGACGUCGAGCUCCGGGCGCACGUCGACGGUACGCUGGGCGCGGGUGGACACGCGCAGGCGAUGAUUCGGACGCAUCCGGAGAUGGAACACUUUAUUGGCUUCGACGUCGACGCGUCGGCGCAUGCGAUCGCGCGACCGAGGUUGGAGCGCGCGAGGGAGGACGCGAGAGGCGGCGAGGCGGGCGCGUUAAAGGUGAGUCUCGUCGAGGCGAAUUUCCGGCAGAUGGCGCAGGCUUUGGAGGCGAUGGGUGGGAUUCACAGAGCGGGAAUCGAUGGGGUGGUUUUAGACCUCGGCGUGAGCUCGAUGCACCUUGAUCGUGCCGAGCGCGGGUUUUCGUUCAUGAACGACGGACCGCUAGACAUGCGCAUGGGCCCGUCGGCAAAAACGAGCGCGGAGGAGAUAGUCAACGCGUGGCCCGAGGAAGAGAUUGGGCGGAUUUUGAGAGAUUACGGCGAAGAGCGACACUGGCGACUGUUGGCGAAGAGAAUAUGCGAACGAAGAGCGGCGAAGGCGAUCACUACGACGCGAGAGCUGGUGGACGCGCUCGGAAACGUUCCAGGAAAGUGGGGAUCGAUUCAUCCGGCGACGCGAACGUUUCAAGGGAUUCGAAUAGCUGUAAACGACGAGUUAGGGGCGGUCGAGGACGUGAUUCCAGCCGCAAUCGAAGCUCUAAGACCGGGCGGUCGAUUGGCCAUCAUAUCGUUUCACUCGUUGGAGGAUUCAAUUGUGAAGAAGAAGUUUCGGUUCUAUGCGGGACAAGCGGAACCGUUGGGGGAGACGUUCAAUCGGUACAUGGACCAGCCAGAGAAACCACCAAAGGUUGUCAAGUUGAUCACACGGAAACCCCUCGUGCCGAGUGUCGAUGAGGUUGACGAGAACGUUCGAAGUCGAUCCGCCAAGCUUCGAGUAUGCGAAAAACUGUAG